AAAGGGAAUUAGAAAAUUCAGGUAAGGUUAUAUUAUCCGUUAUGGCAUUCACAUGUUUUCUGUUACUGCUCUGACGGUUUGCUACUUUUUGGCGUAAAAUUCCUCCUUUACUUAUUAUUUCUUUUAUGCAGUACGUAACAAGACUUUUUUCUUAAAAGGUGGUGAUUUCUGUGUGUUUGUGUGUGUGUAUUGAGCGUUUCAGCACUGUCUAAUUAAUAACAGCUCCAGUAAUUUUUUAUGACUAUUAUGUUACGCAUUAGUUAUGUUUUGACACUUGAAUGUAAAACUGGAAGGAACAUCAUCGGUGUAAAUUUUAGUUAUACUUGUAGGUAGUUUUAUUGAUACAACUCAAUGUGUAUAUAUGUGAGGACAGUUAGUCUUGGAGAGAUGUAGAACUGUCUGCAAAAAAGUAUAUAUAUAUAUAUAUAUAUAUAUAUAUAUAUAUAUAUAUAAGGAACUAUCUAAUCUACUUCAUGAGAAAUAUAUGAUUAGACAUUAAAGGCCUUACUAAAUGUUUGUGAAAUUGAAUAGACUAGAUCUAUGUUAAUAUGUUGUUAAGCUCAUCGUGAAUCAUUGUUCAAGUGUUUAAUCGUUAAAUGUCUAACCUGUUAAGUGCUUUGUUCAAUUUGAAUAUUAGGUAGCGUAUCUAGUCCUCAUACUUAUAAUUUAUCUGAAAAAUAAAUAAUCUCAAUCUUGCUAUUGAGUCUUAUUAAAUUGGAAAUUUCAUUGAAACAUAGACAGUACAAUGUUCCUUGGAAUAUCAAGUUUUAAGGAGGCUUUUAAUACAAUGGCAUUGGUAAAUUUCACUUGUUAGUCACCAAACAAAUUGAGCUAUUAAUAUUUAAAUGUUAAGGAAUCCCAACUGUUCAUCAAAUGCAAAAUUUCAAAAAUUCUGAUAUUGGAUAAUACUUGUUACUUCUGAAAUAAACUAGAUGCGUUAACAAAUUCACAAGUGAGACUACAGAGAGCACAGAUAUGGUGUUGAAAGCACAAGUGUUAGCUGGUGGCCGUGGUAAAGGUAUUUGGGAUAGCGGAUUAAAAGGUGGAGUUAAAAUUGUAUACAAUGUAGAAGAAGCCGUAAAUGUGGCUAAUCACAUGCUUGGUCAUCGAAUCUACACUGCACAAACCGGUGACACCGGCCAAUUAUGCAAUACAUUAUUAGCAUGUGAACGUAAAUAUUCUCGACGUGAACAUUAUCUAGCUAUUGUCCUAGAUCGUUCUAGUGGUGGACCAGUAAUGAUUGGCUGUCAACAGGGUGGUGUAAAUAUUGAAGAUAUAGCACGUGAUAACCCAGAUGCUUUAAUUAAAAUUCCAGUUGAUAUUAACAAAGGUUUAAAUAAAAAAGAUGCUUUAUUUAUGGCGCAUAAAUUAGGUUUUACAAAUCCAGAUGAAGCAGCUAUAUACAUUGAACGACUUUAUAAACUCUUUGAUUCAUCCGAUUGUACACUGUUAGAAAUUAAUCCAAUUUCUCAAGAUAUAAAUGGAAAAGUUGUUUGUAUGGAUUGUAAAAUGAAUUUCGAUGAUAAUGCUGCAUUUCGACAGAAAGAGAUUUUUGCACAACGUGAUUGGUCACAAGAAGAUGAACGUGAUGUAAAAGCAUCAAAGGCUGGAUUAAAUUAUAUUGGUUUAGAUGGAAAUAUUGGUUGUUUAGUUAACGGAGCUGGUUUAGCUAUGGCUACUAUGGAUUUAAUUCAAUUGCAUGGUGGUAAUCCAGCGAAUUUUCUUGAUAUUGGCGGUGGAGCGACAGCUGCUCAAGUGACUGAAGCUUUUCGUUUAAUCGUAUCUGAUUCGAAGGUCAAUGCUAUACUAGUAAAUAUUUUCGGUGGUAUUAUGCGUUGUGAUGUGAUUGCACAAGGUAUUGUAACAGCUGCUACAGAAUUAAACAUAAAAGUACCAAUUGUUGUACGACUUCAAGGGACUAGAGUUGAAGACGCUAAAGCAAUUCUUGCUACAAGUCACAUGAAAAUUCUAGGUUGUAGUGAUUUAGAUGAAGCUGCUCAAAUGUCUGUUAAACUCGCUAAUAUUGUUCAUUUGGCUCGUGAAGCUGCUAUAAAUGUGAAAUUCGAACUGCCUUAUUAAUUAAUAAUGUGAUUAUAGUAAUAUUAUUACAAUAAGCAAAGAUGAAUAGUUCGAAUGAAUGGGGACAUCACGUUAUAUUGAAUGGUGAUGAAUCCAGUAGUUCGGUUUAUACUAUUAUUAUUAUCGUUAUUAUUAUUAUUAUUAUUAUUAUUAUUAUUAUUACUAUUAUAACUUACUUCCGAAAGAUAGCAGUCAUUGUGUGGUCUAUUCAAUUCUGUUUUGUCAUAUCCUUUUGUACGAAUGAAUGUACAAUGACGGUAAUGGGGUUAUUGUUUUAUACGACAGAUUUAAAUAUCUACUGCAUUACGUAAUACAUUGAUUUUGUUGCAUAAGAAUUUCUCAUACUUUGAUAGAAAAUCCUUAACUAAACAAUCACUUAUUAUCAUUGUAUUUUGGUUGCAGUCAGCUCAACGACACCAACCACAUCACCCCUCCACACACACAGAUUAUUUUACGUUGAAAACAGAGAGUAUACAAAACUUCAUUUUCAAAGUAUAAAAAUGUUAGUAUACCUACCAUACAACUAUUUUGCCAGAAGAAAAAGAUGAAUUCAAAUCUUUAUUUCACUUGAAAUAUCGUUUAUCUCUAUUGUUUUUCUUAUCUUUCAUCGUUAUUCACUAUUAGUUACAUAUACUACUAUUUGUUGUCCUGUGAUAGUAGUAAUAAAUGGUAUUGCUCGGAGAU